AUGGGCACGCGCCACAACCGCCGCCGCCGCCGCGAGUGGCUCUCCUUCGCCACCGCCGCCGUGGCACUCCUCCUCCUCCUCUCGUCCGUUUCCGGCGCCUACCUCCGCCUCAGCCCAUCUCGCCAACUCAGUUCGGAGGGCGGUCCGGCGCGGCGGAGACUUGGGGUGCCGGGGUCGUCGCCGCCGACAUGCAGAUCCAGGUGCGGGCGGUGCGCGCCCUGCGAUCCGGUCCACGUUCCGGUCCAGCCCGGGUUCAGCAUGCCGCUCGAGUACUACCCGGAAGCCUGGAGGUGCAAGUGCGGGAACAAGCUUUUCAUGCCUUAG